UUACCUUUUCCUAAGAAUUCCCUCAUCAGUGAUUGUUGGUAUGAGAUUUGUUUUCCUGUUGAGCAAUUUAUGUUCUCUGUAUUUAGCACCGAACUGUUUUCGAGAGCGGACCUGGAGGUAGAAGUUCAGUGCUAUAAAUGUGAAUGCGAACAGAAUCAUAGUUUACACCCACUUUGCCUUGAAAUCAAUAGCCAGCACUUUUUCAUAAAAUGGGAAAACAGCGACAUGGAGUCAUUGGAUGUUCGAAAGUACUUAGUUUGGGGCAAGAAUAUCUUAUCCACUAUUGCUCAUAAAUUAUGCAAACACAACAUAGCGCUCUUUCUUGGGCAUCGUCCAGCCAUCAAUUCCGUCUUAAACCGCAUCUUACCCAGAGAUCUCCUUCCCUCUGUAUAUACUAGGAAACGAAUCAAGAAGAUAGUGCGUGGAGAAUACUUCCUUCCUUUGUCACGUAUUUGUCCGAUCAGUAAAACAAAGAUGGAGUUUCCAGUGAGAUUUCCCGGGUGUAAGCAUCUCAAGUGCUUCGACAUGCUGAAAUUUUUGGAAUUAAUAAGUGAUAUCAGAAACAACUGGGUAUGCGCAAUCUGUAGCUUAAAACCUGCAGUAAAGCGAUUUGAAGUGGAUGAAUUUUUGUGGAACAUUUUAAAUAAAAUUCAGAAGGAAGGAGAAAUCGUCAUUGUGAAUGUAAAGGGAGCAAUGGGACAUGAAGGAUUUUGCAGCUGCCUUGAAUAUACGUGAGAAACGACGAAGCCAGAACUGGGCUAAUCUUGCAAAACCUCGGCAAUUGCUUAUUCCCUUUUGCUGGAAGAAGGAAGUCCUGUUCCUAUCAAAGAACAUUGUUCCUACCUCUAUGCUCCAUUCCAAGCGAAGAUUCCUUUUAGCCAAUCAGAACGAAAGGUAUGUUUUACAUUCAGAAGGAAUGAAUUUUACCCAAUCAGAGCAAACUACAGAUCUACCAAUGCGUUGUAAGUCUGCAGCGACCUCAUCCCCCUUCAUUUAUCGUAGUGCAAUCGCUAUAGUGUGUAGCAAGUGAAGC